AUGGAAGAGAUCGAUAUUGUCGAAGACCUGAAGUCGGCAGAUGGCGCAGCCGCGGUCACUUGGACCAGUGAGGAAGAAGGCUCUGCUCUAAGAAAACUCGAUUGGAGCUUGAUACCUCUGCUCGGCGCUCUAGACUUCUGCUCCUAUAUUGAUCGCGGCAAUGUCGGAAAUGCAUACACAGCCGGAAUGGGAAAGGACUGGGACACCACUUCGGACGACUACUCUUGGAUCGUGACCGUUCUCUACAUUGACUACAUCUUGUUUCACUGGCUGAUUAUAGUCUGGACUUUCGUUCCUUUGCCGUUAUGGACGGCAAUGAUGGUGUCUGGGUGGGGUGCCAUGAGCAUGCUCGAAGCAGUCACCACCAAUCUCUCAGGCAUGAUGGCUUUGCGUUUUUUGAUUGGAGUUUUCGAGGCUGGAUUCAUCCCAGCUGUCGCACUAUACUUGACCUUCUUUUACCAUCGCGGUGAGAUGGGUCUCCGCUAUGGGCUCUUCAUAUCAUUUGCACCGCUUGCGAGUUGCGUUGCCUCUGCGAUAGCAUACGCCCUUUUGCAUGUGAAGGCUUCUAUCCACAGUUGGCAGCUCCUCUUCCUCGUGGAGAGCGCUCCUACGAUUAUACUCGCAUGCGUGGCGUACUUUUACCUCCCUGCCUCCCCAGCCGAGUGCCGUUUCCUCAGCCCCCGCGAGAACGAGAUCAUCAGCCAUCGCGCCAUCAAAGGCCGAGGCGAGAAAAGAAGUGGAAAGCUCAAUGGCAAGCAGGCCUUCGCUGCCUUCUUUGACUACAAAAACUACUUGCAAGCCAUCAUCAUUUUCAGCCUCAACACUGCGUUUGGAUCACUUCCAGCAUACCUUCCCACCAUUCUUGAGGCCAUGGGCUUUACUUCCCUCCGUGCUCAGGGUCUCUCGGCUUGCCCCUACCUGACCGCGUAUGUCGAUUGCGUCUCGGCUAGCUUUCUUUCGGAUCGUCUCAGGAGCCGGGGUAUCUUUAUCGCCAUGUUCUGCUCUGUGGGUGCCAUUGGCUACGUCUUGUCAGCAACAAUUCACACCACUGGCGUUCGCUACUUUGCAACUUUCCUCGUUUGUGCGGGAGUGUUCCCGGCGGUUGCCAUCACCUUUACGUGGGUGACGGAUAACCAAGGCUCGGCAUCUUCUGCUGCCCGGAAAGCUCGCCGCUGCGGAUUUGCGUGCUCAAGCUGCAAAGCUCGCAAGGUCAAGUGCAGUGGAAAUCGGCCCAUCUGUACGGGAUGCCGUCGGUCCGGGGAGACAUGA